GGAUUUAGGAGGAGGAUUGAAGGUUUGUUAAGGCAGAGAAGAUGGUUCUCAAAACAGAGCUAUGCCGUUUCAGUGGUGCCAAGAUAUACCCAGGAAAGGGUAUCAGAUUCAUCCGUGCAGACUCUCAGGUCUUCCUUUUCGCUAACUCCAAGUGCAAACGCUACUUCCACAAUCGCCUCAAGCCGGCCAAGCUUACAUGGACAGCCAUGUACAGGAAGCAGCACAAGAAGGAUAUCCAUGCUGAGGCUGUCAAGAAGAGGCGCCGCACCACCAAGAAGCCAUAUUCCCGGUCUAUUGUAGGUGCUUCCCUCGACGUCAUCCAGAAGAAGAGAGCAGAGAAGCCUGAGGUUCGAGAUGCCGCCAGAGACACAGCUCUUCGUGAGAUCAAGGAACGCAUUAAGAAGACUAAGGACGAGAAGAGAGCUAAGAAGGCUGAGACGGCGAAAUCUCAUAAGACUGGCGGGAAGGCCAAUGCUCCAAAACCUGCAAAGGGCCCCAAGCUUGGCGGCGGUGGCGGGAAGCGCUAGAUGCUACCGUUGUCUCGUGGAUGAUCAGAUCUGAUCCAGUUAUGCACCCUAGUUUGUCUUUGGAGGAAGUUUUGCUGUCUAAGCGACAAGGAGGAUUAGAUGUACUCCAUACAGCCGGAUGCUCUCGUUGUACCGUGUUUAUC